AUGAUCAAUGGCUUUGUUUGUGUAUUCAUGGUCGUCUCCUCCUCUCAGGUUGACAAUGUGACCUUGACUCGCCGUGGUGAGCAAGUCGAUGGCACCCUCCACCUCACCCCUCACCAUCUCAUCUUCUCCCACUUGCCUCCGAUAUCGAGCGAAGACCAAGCCAAAGGCGUAACCAUCAGGCCGAAAGAGCUUUGGAUUACGUACCCGAUCAUCUCGUUUUGCACGCUGCGACCGGCACCCGCAGCGUCCCGCCAACCCUCCUCCAUCCGCCUUCGCUGCCGAGACUUUACAUUUGUCUGCUUCUAUUUCUCCAACGAGCACAAGGCUCGUGAGGUGUAUGAAAGCAUCAAGCAAUGGACUUGCAGAUCCGGUCGGAUCGAUAAACUCUACGCUUUUUCCUACCAGCCACCCCCGCCGGAGAAGGAAUUCAAUGGGUGGGACUUGUAUGAUCCGCGCACGGAAUGGGCGCGCCAAGGACUCUCGAAGGAAAACUCUGGAUGGCGCAUUUCUGAAAUCAACACUAACUAUGAGUUCUCUCCGACCUAUCCCGCUCUGAUUCCCGUGCCUUCCAGCAUCUCCGACAACACAAUAAACUAUGCAGGGCGAUAUCGCUCUAGGGCUCGAAUUCCAGCCCUAAGUUACCUCCACCCUGUGAACAACUGCACCAUCACUCGAAGUUCGCAGCCACUAGUUGGCGUUCGCCAGAACCGCAGUAUCCAGGAUGAAAAGUUGUUAGCCGCCAUCUUUUCAACCUCUCGUUCUGAGCGGCCAUUGGCUAGCUUUUCUCAACCUCAACUGGAGAAAGAGGCCUCAGGCUCAAGCAAUGAUAGUGCGGAGUCCAGCCAGACUGAUCCGGACAUGUCAAAUGCAGAGGAAAUUGAGGAUGACUUGCUAGCUACCGCCCAAGGCAUCCCUGAAGAGCAACAAGCGAUUUACGGGGCUCAGCAGCAGAACUUGAUUGUUGAUGCGCGCCCGACCGUCAAUGCCUUCGCCAUGCAAGCUGUCGGCUUAGGAUCGGAGAACAUGGACAAUUACAAGUUCGCUACCAAGGCCUACCUGGGUAUUGACAACAUUCAUGUGAUGCGUGAUUCGUUAAACAAAGUAAUUGAUGCCUUGAAAGAGACGGAUGUGACUCCACUUGGGCCGAACCGCGAUCUGCUCGCGCGGAGUGGAUGGCUGAAACAUAUUGCUGGUAUUCUGGACGGUGCAGGGCUGAUUGCCCGACAGGUUGGCCUGACACAUUCUCAUGUUCUGAUUCAUUGCUCUGAUGGUUGGGAUCGAACCAGUCAGCUGAGCGCUUUGAGUCAAAUCUGCUUGGAUCCGUAUUUCCGGACCAUGGAAGGUUUCAUGGUCCUAGUGGAGAAAGAUUGGCUUUCUUUUGGCCAUAUGUUCCGGCAUCGGUCUGGUCAUUUGAACAGCGAGAAGUGGUUCCAAAUCGAGAAUGAGCGCAUUGGCGGAGAUGCUAAUCGCGGGUUCGGCGAAAGUGGUGGUGCAGGAAAGGCGAUCGAGAAUGCCUUCCUCAGCGCCAAGGGUUUCUUUGGUCGAGAUAACAACAGUCGAGACUCUUUGCCGGACUCUGAUGGAGAGCUUCAAAGCUAUGAUUCCGACAAUCCGGCCUCCCGAAAGCCUAGUUCAUCGCCUCGAUCUGCCGUCCCCGAAAAAGAAAUCACGAAGGUGAAAGAGACGAGUCCCGUGUUCCAUCAGUUCCUGGAUGCCACAUACCAGCUACUCCAUCAGUACCCCACACGCUUUGAGUUUAAUGAGCGAUUCCUGCGCCGACUUCUUUACCACCUUUAUGCCUGCCAAUUCGGAACGUUCCUGUUCAACAAUGAAAAGGAACGUGUGGACACCAAUGCUCGUGAGAGAACCAGAAGUGUCUGGGAUUAUUUCCUUGCUCGACGUGAGCAAUUCACAAAUCCGCAAUACGACCCUGAGGUGAAUGACCACCAACGUGGGAAGGAGCGAUUGAUCUUUCCCCGCGCCAACGAGACUCGCUGGUGGAGUGAAUCUUUCGGUCGAGCAGAUUCAGAGAUGAACGGGCCUCGCCCGUCAGACUCAUCUCCGCCUUCUGGCAGGGAGAGUCCUAGCGUGAACCGUACGCCUGUCUUGACUGGCAUUGAGACUGCGCAGCAGUCUGCUGGAACGGGAGGCGCCAGUACGAGUGCGGCAGUAUCUGGAUUGGCCGCUGUCACCUCUGGUAUAUCAAAUCUUGCAGUGUUAAAGAACCCGCAAGCUGGGGGAGAAGAGAAUAAACCCAAGCAGAUGGAAGUUGAGAUGCAGUAA